AGGGGCCAUGUGACAAUUUUCAAGUCUUUUUUUCUAUAACCUGUGCACUCAAUGCUGGUUUAAAUAUAAUUUAAUUUUAUUAUUUGUUAUUGUGUUUUGUUUAAAUUUAAACAAAUCUUAGUGUUAAAAUGGAGAAAAAGUUUAAGUGGCUGAUUGUUGACUCUUCUGGCUUCAUCAAUGGAUCUGAUAUUCAUGAACUAGCUGAAAACAUUGUGACUAUUCCUGAAGUUAUUUAUGAAAUAAAAGACAAACAAACUCGUGAAAGGCUUACUUGUUUACCUUAUGAAAUUCAAUUCCGACAAGCUGAACCAGAAGAUUGUAAAGUAGUCACACAAUUUAGUCGUAAAACUGGAGAUUAUGCAAGUUUAUCAGGCGUUGAUUUGAAAUUAAUCGCUCUAACCUAUUCACUUGAUAGAGAAGCCCAUGGUGGUAAUGUUGAUCAUCUCAAGACCGAACCUAAAGUCGUUGUUGCUGAUCAAAGAGUCAUAAUUGAACAAGGUGGACCUGUAAAAUUACCUGGAUUUUUCAAUCCAAAAAAGAAUAAAGAUGCAGAAGACAACAAUGAAGAUCACACCGAAAAUGAUGGUGAUACGGAGUUAAACAAUGGGGAUGAUAGCAAACAAGAAAAUUUCGAUGAAGAUGAUAAAGACAGCAAUAAUAGAGAAACUGAAGAUAACGUUGAUGAAGAUGACGAGCCUGAUACGUGGAUAACUCCGAAGAAUUUAGCAGAAGCCGAGGAAAAGAUGAAAAAUCUAUUGUUAGAAGAAGAAAAAUGUCCUGUAGCUUGUAUGACAUCAGAUUUCGCCAUACAAAAUGUUCUUAUUCAGAUGGGCUUGAAAGUUGCCUCUGUCAAAGGUUUAAUGAUUAAACAAGCGCGACAAUUCGUAUUAAGAUGUCAUGCUUGCUUUAAAACAACGACAAGGAUGGAUAAGAAGUUUUGUCCAGCUUGUGGUAAUCUUGGAACUCUUAGAAAGGUGUCUGUCAUUGUUAACGAUAAAGGAGAAAAGGUGAUUCAGAUUAACUUUAAAAAACAAAUCAGUACCCGAGGUACACGUUACUCAUUACCUAUGCCCAAAGGAGGGAAACAUUCAAACGACCCUAUCCUGUUUGAAGACCAGAGGCUUCCCCAGAACAGAGCAUCAAAAAUGACUUAUGAAGAAAAGAAGGCUUUAAAUUUACAAACAAUUCUCUCUGAUCCUGAUUAUGUAUGUAGAUCUAACCCUUUUGCCAUGAAAGAUGUUUACAGUCGUGCAUCUCGAUUCACUAAGCAGCAAAAUGUGGCCCAACAUAAUCGACGCAAUCCUAAUGAGGUUGGUCCUCCAACUGGUAACCGAAAAAAGUCUAAAUCUAAAAUUUAACUUAAUAAAAUGAAUGUUUUUGUUAAACAAAUAA